AUGACAAAAACCGCAAACAAGCCGGCCCCCAACGUGCCGUUUUACACCCCGGCCCAGGAGCCCCCCGCCGGCACCCCCGUCGACGCCUCCCCCCGGGCCCCGACGCUGUUCCAGCCCCUCCGCAUCCGCGACCUCACCAUCAACAACCGCGUCUGGGUCUCGCCCAUGUGCCAGUACUCCGCCCGCGACGGCCACGUGACGGACUACCACCUCGUGCACCUGGGCCAGUUCGCGCUGCACGGCGCGGGGCUGACCAUCGUCGAGGCCACCGCCGUCGAGCCGCGCGGCCGCAUCUCGCCCGAGGACGUCGGCCUGUGGGCGGAUUCGCAGACGGCGCCGCUGAAGCGUGUUGUUGAUUUCGUGCACUCGCAGGGCCAGCUUGCGGGGAUCCAGCUCGCGCACGCGGGCCGCAAGGCGAGCACGCUCGCGCCGUGGAUUACGGAGAAAGUCGGCAAGGCGCUGGCGAAGGAGGAGGAGGGCGGGUGGCCUGAGGAUGUGGUCGGGCCGAGCAGUAUCCCCUUUGACGAGGGGUGGGCGCUGCCGAAGGAGCUGAGCGUCGAGGAGAUUGCUGUGUUGGUGAAGAAGUUCGCCGAGAGCGCGAAGAGGGCUGUCGAGGCCGGGUUCGAUGUCAUUGAGAUUCACGGCGCGCAUGGGUACUUGAUCUCAGAGUUCUUGUCGCCUCUGAGCAACCAACGCACCGACCAAUACGGCGGCAGCUUCGAGAACCGCACCCGCUUCCUCUUCGAGACCAUCCAGGCCGUCCGCGAUGUCAUCCCGUCCGGCAUGCCACUCUUCCUGCGCAUCUCGGCCACCGAGUGGAUGGAGUACGCCGGCGCGCCGUCCUGGACCGUCGACGACUCGCUGCGCCUCGCGAAGCUCCUGCCCGACGCCGGCGUCGACCUGCUCGACGUGUCCUCGGGCGGCAACAACCACGCGCAGAAGAUUGAGAUCUCGCCGUACUACCAGGUCAGCAUCGCGGGCAAGAUCCGGGCGGCGCUCGAAGAAGAGGGCAAGGCGCUGCUCAUCGGCGCCGUGGGCAUGAUCUCGAGCGGCGAGAUGGCGCGCAGCAUCGUGCAGGCGCGCGGGGAGCAGACGAACGGCGAGGCGAGCGGGCACAACGGCGUGGACCAGGGCAACUGCGCGACGCUGGAGGUGGACGAGGAGCAUGGGCAGGUCACGCAGGCGGACGCGGUGCUGGUGGCGAGGCAGUUUCUGCGGGAGCCGAAUUUCGUGUACAAGAUUGCGGACGAGAUUGGGGUCAAGGUCAAGUGGGCGAACCAGUACCACCGCGCGCCGAGGAGGAAGCAUUGA